CAGCUCAUACCGCAAUAAACCUGGUCAUAAUACGAUCUCACUAGCAUACUUCAUAUCGUUGGAUAUCUUUCAAUGGUGAAUUGAUACACCAUUAACUGUUAUUUUUACUUAGUUUGCCAAAUUGCAACCUUUCUUGUGUUCCUUCGUGCGUGGCCUCUCUACCAAACCAUGGAAAGUGACUGGACUGAAUCACGUUGCCAUGGUUGUUCCUGACGUAGAGAAGGCCGCCACAUUUUAUCGGGAUACAUUCGGUGUCCAGGUGGACAAACCAUUUACUGCUGAGGCACACGGUGUUCAUGUAGCGUUUGUCUACAUGGGUAAUACGAAGAUCGAGUUAAUCAGCCCGAUCGAUGAGCAUAGUCCAGUGGCGAAGUUUCUCGAGCGUAACAAAUCUGGAGGGUUACAUCACAUUUGUGUUGAAGUUGACGAUUUACGAGGAGCGGUUGAUGGAAUCAAGCAGAAGAAUCUACGUUUUCUCGCACCCGAGCCUAAAGUUGGUGCUUGUGGUCUCCCCGUUAUUUUCAUGCAUCCAAAAGAUGCCAAUGGGGUACUCAUCGAACUGGAAGCAUCCCAUUCGACGGAAGGCCACUGAAUCUUGCACCAUCUCGUUGUACAGCUCUGUACUUUUAUUUUUCACGAUUCUAGCUAUUUUUUUACUUACAGAGCUGUCCAGAAGAUCACACUUCCGAUUGUCCGCAGUGGAGUUCCGAUAGAAUUUUUUCAUGAUUAUUUCUGGAUUAUUUCAAAAAAUCUGAAAUCAUAGUCUCUGUUGCUUCA